AUGUCUAUUCCUGAAGAGACCCGCAAGAUCUUGCAAGAGUUGGAUCUGCCAUCGGAUUUUCUGUUGUCUGAUUCGUCUUUGAGCGAUGUACCCAGCGAUUUCGAACCUGAUUCUCCCUUGCCUCCACCUCCAACGCUUUUCCCUGGCCAACGCACUCACCUUCCACCUCGUGCCUAUUUUCUCAAAUCCGAGAAUGCGACUCCAUCGCGAACCAAACCGCCCAAAAUCUCACCUUACUUCCCCUCGUUGUUAGGUGAUCCCGGAUCAUGUCUUCCUUUUCCCCCGACCGAUGCGCCAUCAUUUGGCCUCAUCCAAGAACAGCUGGCACACGAUCCUUUCCGACUGCUCAUCGCGACAAUCUUUCUCAAUCGGACUCGAGGCGGAGUCGCCUUGCCGGUUCUUUUCCAAGUCUUUGAACGUUAUCCAACCGUCGAGGCGAUGGCUACUGCUGAGCUCUCUGACUUAGUGUCGAUGAUACACUGUCUGGGCUUUCAAAACCAGCGGGCGAAGAAAUGCAUUGGAUUGGCACAAACCUGGCUUUCUGCUCCCCCGACCAACGGCAAGCGGUAUCGCAAGCUCCACUACCCACAGAAAUUGGAUGGCCGCGAUAUUGGCCGCGAUGAAUGUGUCGACAAUGACGACCCGCGCGUUGCGUGGGAGAUUGCACACCUGCCCGGUGUCGGCGCAUAUUCCUUGGAUAGCUGGCGAAUCUUCUGUCGCGACGAACUGCGCGACCUGGCCACGGACUGGAAGGGGACUGGUGCUACAGCGGCUGAUUUUGUCCCCGAGUGGAAAACUGUGCUACCGCAGGACAAGGAGCUACGCGCCUACCUGACUUGGAUGUGGCUCAAGGAAGGCUGGCUGUGGGAUCGCCAUUCCGGCGACUUGAUCCCGGCCAAUGACAGGGUCCUACGGGCGGCGCAACGAGGCGGCGUAGCCCAUGAAGAGCAUGGGAACUGGGUGUUGGAGACCUCGCCUACCAAGCCGGCGAAUGGGCUACAUGCCGUGGAGUAA